UCACCUGUAAGAAAAGACAGAAGCUGAAUAUAUCACCAGGAAAAGAAUCACAGAAGCUGGAUAUAUCACCUGUAAAAAAAGAACCACAAAAGAUGCACACAUCAUAUGCCACAGCUGAAGUAAACGGAUUAUCUCUUCAAAAAGAAACUUCAAAACAUAAAUCAUUAACCAUGAAAGAUGAAGAACAUAAAGUUAAAAAAUCUACAGAAUAUAUUCUUGAAAGAAAUUGCAAUGAAAAACCUCCAAGAAAAAUUAAAGAUAAUAUUAAAUUUCCUGAAAAUGGACUCCGUGAAAGUGCUUCACUGGAAAAAGUUCACCCAGAGUACAAUAUUGUUGAAAGAGAUUCGCCGUUGAAUAUGCAGGUUACAGCAAAGCAUCGUGUCGUUGUUGCUAUUGAUUUUGGAACAACAUACAGUGGAUAUGCUUACAGUUUCACAGAUACUCCUGAUACUAUACAGAUCAUGAGGAAAUGGGAAGGAGAUGAUCCUGGGAUUAACAAUCAGAAAACUCCUACUGUUCUCCUUCUAUCCCCUGAUAAGGAGUUUCACUCCUUCGGGUUCACAGCUAGAGAUUUCUAUCAUGAUAUGGACACUAGAGAGGCUUCAAAAUGGUUUUAUUUUGACAAAUUCAAGAUGCUUCUUCACCAUAAUAAGUAUCUAGGACGGAAUACCUGGGUCGAAUCUAGGAAUGGGAAAGAGAUGAAAGCUCUCAAGGUCUUUUCUAUUGUUCUCAGAUACUUCAAAGAACAUGCUUUGCAAGAACUCAGAGAUGCAACGGGGACUAAACUUUCAUCAGCAGGGAUAGGAAGUACAACAAGUGUAUAUAUUUCAGGCAGAAUGGUCGGUGGGAUGUCAGGGAGUAAUCCCGGAUUGAAAACCCCUAUGGUCGGUGGGAUGUCAGGGAGUAAUCCCGGACUGAAAACCCUGUGUUCGGAAUCAACUGAGGAGGGGUCAGAGGACUAUGUACUAGAAGAUUCUGAAACAGAAAAAGAGUUUACUUUACCUACUAACCAACUAACCCCCCAACUCACUUCAGAAGAGCUAUUUCCACAAGGAGGUUCGUACAUGGUAGUGGACUGUGGAGGGGGUACAGUGGAUAUUACUGUACAUGAGAUAUCCACUGACGGACAACAGCUUAGAGAAGUGUUUAAAGCAACUGGGGGGCCUUAUGGAUCAGUCAGUGUUGACUUGGCAUUUGAAAACCUUCUUUCUAGCAUGUUCGGAGCAGAGUUUAUACAGGAAUUUAGGAAAAAACGUCCAGCAGGGUAUAUUGACCUCAUGAUAGCAUUCGAAUCCAGGAAAAGAUGUGCCAGUCCCUUUAAGCUGACCCCUCUCAGUGUUGCCCUACCAUUCUCCUUCAUUGAUCUAUAUCGGAAAACCCAUGAUACAGACAUUGGUCAAGCAGUGAAUAAGUUUGGGUGUCGAGAUAUCAAGUGGUCAAGUGAAGGAAUGAUUCGAAUUGAAACAGAGCUUAUGAAACAGUUUUUUAAACCUACUCUUACCAAUAUAAAGGAGCAUAUUCUGUCUGUACUGAAUGAGCCUGAUGUGCGCGGGUUGACCCAUCUAUUCCUGGUCGGAGGGUUUGCUGAGAGUUCACUGCUCCAGGAGGAGAUAAGACACGCAUUCAGGGGUAGGCUGAAGGUUAUUAUUCCUCAGGGUGUAGGGUUGGCUGUACUUCGAGGUGCAGUGCAGUAUGGUUUAGAUCCUGCAGUUAUCAAGGUUCGGCGUGCUAAAUUAACCUACGGUAUCGGAGUUAUCAAACCUUUCAACCCGGAUAUUCAUCCUCCAGAGAAGAUGAUUAACAAGAACGGGCAGAGUUGGUGUAUGGAUAUUCUGGAUGUUUUUGUUUCUUGCGGUCAAUCUAUUGGUCGGGGGGAGGAGAUAGUCAGGCAUUACAGACCUGCUCUGACAAACCAGGAAUCUAUUUUGCUUCAUAUAUUCUCAACUGAAGAGGAGGUUCUAGGAGAGCUCAAGUUUGUAACAGAGCCCGGAGUACAAUUAUGUGGGUCUAUGUCCCUCUUCUUAAACUCAGAUUCAAACCUGGACCAUUCAUCUACACGGGAGAUUCAGGUUAAGAUGAGGUUUGGGGAAACAGAGAUACAGGCAAGUGCUGUGGAUAUAUCGACAGGGUCACAUGUGGAGGUCAAUAUUGAUUUCCUUGUAAACUCUAAUACAAGAUAUUCAACAAAACUAUAGACAACAGGGGGAGGAGAAGGAGAAGGAGAAGAAGGAGAAGAAGAAGAAGAAGAAGAAGGGGGAAGAAGUAGAAGAAGGAGAAGAAGGGGGAGGAGAAUGAAAAGGAGGAUCAAAAGAAAGAGAAAAAGGAUA